ACGGGGCGGGCUGAGCAGCUAGGGAAUGGGGCGUGAAGGUGGGGAGGAUAAUACGUCCUCUCGCUUUCUCUUGUAGAUUACGAUUUGGCGCGGAGAGCGUAGCGGCGGCGACAAUAGGAACUGUUGCUGAUGCUUCUUCAGCGCGUUCGAGUGGCCCUGGGGAGCUAUUAAGCCGUUGUGACAGUUGCGAGCGUCUUCCCGCCGUCUCCUCGCGCUGUUUAUGUGCGUGAGCCUCCCCGCGCGGGUCGCCGGUUGGACCAGGGCCCUGUCGACGUCCGUCGUGGUGGCGGCCUGGCAUAACCGCGAACCUUACGCGCUUCCUCAACUCCAGUAAGAAAUCAUGCGGCUAUGUGGGGCGCUUCUAAAAAGCCCCAUUCCCAAACAAAUCGAAUACUACUCUCGCUUUUCCCCGUCGCCGCUCUCUAUUAAGCAGUUCCUGGACUUCGGGCGUGAUAAUGCAUGUGAGAAAACAUCAUACAUGUUCCUGAGAAAAGAGCUUCCUGUGCGACUUGCUAAUACAAUGAGAGAAGUAAAUUUGUUGCCUGACAACUUGUUGAAUAGGCCUUCUGUUAAGCUAGUACAAAGUUGGUAUAUGCAGAGCUUUCUUGAGCUUUUACAGUAUGAAAAUAAAAGUCCUGAAGAUCCACAUGUGUUAGAUAACUUUUUAGAUAUCUUAAUUAAAGUCAGGAAUCGACACAAUGAUGUUGUUCCUACCAUGGCCCAAGGAGUUAUUGAAUACAAAGAAAAGUAUGGAUUUGAUCCUUUUGUGAGCAGUAAUAUUCAAUAUUUUUUAGAUAGAUUCUAUACCAAUCGCAUCUCAUUUCGUAUGCUUAUUAAUCAGCACACACUGCUUUUUGGUGGAGUCACCAAUCCUGCUCAUCCAAAACAUAUUGGGAGCAUUGAUCCUACUUGUAAUGUGGCUGAUGUAGUGGAAGAUGCCUUUGCAACUGCCAAGAUGUUGUGCGAGCAAUAUUAUCAAGUAGCACCUGAUUUGGAAAUUGAAGAAUUCAAUGCUAAAGCACCCGGCAGGCCCAUUCAGGUUGUCUAUGUACCCUCGCAUUUGUUUCAUAUGCUUUUCGAAUUGUUUAAGAAUUCAAUGCGAGCUACAGUGGAGCUAUAUGAAGGUAAAUGCAAAAGCUAUCCAUCAAUUAAAACAUUAGUCACUUUGGGAAAAGAAGACCUAUCAAUAAAGAUAAGUGAUAAAGGUGGUGGUGUACCUCUGAGAAAAAUAGAUCGUCUUUUUAAUUAUAUGUAUUCAACUGCUCCCAGGCCUAGUUUGGAGCCAUCAAGAGCUGUGCCUUUGGCUGGAUAUGGGUAUGGUCUGCCAAUAUCUCGUCUUUAUGCUCGAUAUUUUCAAGGUGACCUCAAAUUAUAUUCUAUGGAAGGAGUUGGUACAGAUGCAGUAAUCUAUUUGAAGGCAUUAUCAAGUGAAUCUUUUGAAAGACUACCAGUUUUUAAUAAGUCAGCUUGGCGACAUUACAAAACCACUCCAGAAGCAGAUGAUUGGAGUAACCCUAGCAGUGAACCAAGAGAUGCUUCCAAGUAGCAAUAACGGCAGUGCCAGUUCUUGGCUGAUGCAAAAGGAAAGUUUCAGCUAUCUUGGAAUCCUCCUGCUGUAAGAACAUCAUGUAUCCACCCUUAUAGUGUGCUGUACUCCCUUCUCUCAAAAUAAUUUGAAAACCUAGAAUUUAAUAGCAUAAAAUUCUUCGCAUCUUUGCUCUCUCUCCUGAAAUUGAAAUUGUCCUCAAUCAAGUGCUUCAUUGGUACUUUACUCAUUCCACAGAAAUUCGUCUGUUUCAUUAAUUCUGUUAAUCUAAAUGGAAGUUACAGUUACUGUUAGGUAGUAGUAUUUUUAUUUUGUUAGAAUAGAGCUUUAUUUGAUUAGAAAGCCUUUUCCUUUCCUAAGAGAAGGGAAAACUGCUUAAUGUAUAUUUAUUGAAUAUAAUCAAAUAUUAGCUCAUUGGUAUGAGAGGAAAUAGCUCCUUUUAUAUGCUUUAAAAAAAAAUUUUAAUAAUGAAAUAAAAAUAAGAAUAAUGCCAGCAGGAAGAAAUGACAAUGAUUAUAAAUGAAGAAAACAUAAAACACCAAAAUAUAUUGUGACAAUUAAAUUAAAAAUAAAAAAAGGAAAAACUAACAUAAAUGUAGACAGAUUCCUAUAAUAUCCAUAGAUAUUGGUACAAAAUUAAUCCAGUCCAUAUAUUAAAUGUGGAGGAAUGUUGUCCAUAAGGUCGCGAUGGGUCAGACACGACUUUGCAACUAACAACAAAUAUAUCAAAUAUGUCAGAUGAAAGUAUAUUUACUUAUUUUCAGAAUACAUAAACAUCUAAAAAGGACAGAAAAUCAUAUCCUGAACCCAAUUCUUAAAAACAGAUGGAUAUGUUUAUUUGCAUUUAGAGAAAAUUAAUCUCUUAGCCUUGCCCAGGCUUCAUAAAGCCAAAACAGAUUCCAUAUUCAAUAUAAUAUUAACCAUUUAAUGGGAGGUCUCAGAAUUUAUUAACAUAUGUAGUAAUUUGAAAACAAUAUGAUGUAUCUGAACAAGAUCGUAUGCAUUAAGGAAUCUUCAAAUCUUUUACAGCAUUAGCAAAAUAAUCUAAUACCUAACCCUUUUAAAAUAGUUAAGAAUGAUACAAAAGCUUGACUUACUUUCUGGUGAAUUAAUUUUGUUUUUAAUCAUAGGAGGUAUAGUUUAUAUUUUUUAACAUUAGACUCCUUUGAUUCUUCAAAAUUUGAGUAUUCCAGUUCUCCAUUCCAUAAUUUAGAUAAAGAACUGAUACAAACUUUUCUUUUGUUAUUUUUUAUUUAAAUUAGAUUAAUGGUUUCCAUUAGAGUGCUGCUUCUAUUGAGAAUCCUAAAAUUUCAAGUAACUGUUAACACAUGGAGCUCUUCAUAGUACUGUAUAACAUAUUCUAGAAUUCUGGAGUUGCCAUAUAUAAAGUUAUUUCACUGUAAAUGCUGCAUAUGUCCCUUCUUCCCUUUAUACUGUGCAAUAAAACUACUAAAAUGUU